AUGGACCCAUUUGAUAAGAAAAUCUUGAAUCAACUCAAAGAAGAAGACAAGAUCAAGCCUAAAUGUAGGCCUAAAGAUACUCCGCGUUCUAAACUUGAUAGUGGGUUUUUAAAAAUGAAAAGCUUGGAUUACGGUGAGACGUGUUAUCAUAGGUAAGAAAAAUAUUUUUCAAAUUGUAAAAAAAAUUUUUUUUGUUUUAAUUUAAAUUUUUUUAAUUUAAAAAAAUACUUUUUCAGAUGCUUAUCACUUUCUGAUACCAUUGCUGAUAAGUUAAAAUUUACUAAAUGGGAAGAACUGCAAUCUAAUGGGGUUGAUGUUAAGUGCGACGUUGUUGAAGUACAAUGUACAAAAGAAAAUGGCAAUGACAAAACAUACGAGUUUUUACAUCAUCAGCUUGUUAAAAGGUACGGUAGGGUAAAGUAUAGUGUAAGGUUGGGAAAGUGUGGUAGAAAUAUAGGGCAGGGUAAAACAAAAAAGAAUAUUAUCGGGUAGGGUAUUGUAGAGAAAAAAAGCAAGGUAGGUUACGUUAAUGUAUGGUAUGGUGGAGUAAGGGCGCGGUAUUGUAGAACAAUUGUAGAGCAGGUUAAGUUAGGGUGGGAUAUGGUAGGGUAAGGUAAGGCAAGAUAGGGUAACGUAUGUUAGGGAAGUGUAAGGUUAGUAAAAGUAGGGUAGGGCAAACUAGGGUAGGGAAGGAUAGGAAAACGUAAUUUAUGGCAAGUAAAGUACAUUAAAUCAGAAUAUGGUGGGGUACCGUAGAAUAGUCUAAGUAAGGCUACAGUAUAGGCCACGGGUGGCCACUAACAGUACUACAACUUCUACCCAGGGACGUCCCUCCACCCUUCGAAAAAUUUUGUGGCGAAAUCCCUGCUCACACCUACUAUAAUAUAAGAGCCACAACAUAAUUUUAGGUUGUCAAAGUUUACUUUUGAUGCCAAGAAGCCAGACGUUUACAUUUUUAUAAUUGAUUAUGCAUCAAUGUCACACCUAAUGCGAGCACUACCUAAAACACUACAAUACUUGACACAAGUCAUGGGUGCAACAGUCUUUCCUUUUAAUAACAAACCUUACUAUGACUCUAAAUUUAAUCGCGACGCUAUUCUACAUGGUAAAAAGAUCCAGGAUACUAACAUAUCAGGUAAAAACAAGUUAGAUUUAAAUAGACAACCUGAAUAUACAGAUGUUUGUGAGAAAGAAAGCAGUUUUUUGCUCUUUUUGUAUAAGAAAGAAGGCUAUAAAGUGCUGGUAAACGAUGAUAGUGGACGAAAUAAUGUCAGAAGUUGUAAAUAUAACGAUGAAAAUGUCAUUGACCAUGAUUUGAGGUAGGUUUUGGUAAAAAUUUAAGCUUUCACUACCUACUCUACAUUACCCUACCCUGCCCUACCCUACCCUACCCUACCCUACCUUACCCAACCCUACCCUACCCUACCCUACCCUACCCUACCCUACCCUACCCUACUGUACUCUACCCACACUGCAUUACUGGUCCAAAGGUUGUUACGCGACCGCACAAAAUUUAGGAUCACGGUCCUGGUCAUGGUUUUAGGAUCAGACUGGAGCAAUAGUCACCUCUACUCUACCCUACCAUACCCUAAUUUAAUUCUACCUACCCUGCCAUACAUUUCCUUACCCUCCAUUAUUCUGCCACUUCCUACCCUAGCCAACCCCACAUUACCUUACCCUGCCUAAUAUGCCCUUUUUUAGUACCUUCUUCACCCGGCUGCAACAAAUGUUUCCAGAAUCCCAAAAAACAUCCAGGAAUAACAAUGAUUUUCAUUCCAAUAUUUGGGACAAAUAUUGUUAUGAAAAUCACAGUGAAAUGUUUAAAUAUUUCGAAAAAUUUGAAAAUGAAUAUAGUGACGAGCCAAAAUUAGCAAUAACAAGGUUCAGUAGUUUGAUGCAUGCUGUUAAGAACAACUUGUACAUGUACGAUGAUGACUUUUUAGAGUUUUUUAAAAAUAUGAAUUAUAAGGUAAGCGGAAAGAAAGUUCUUGCUAUUUUUAUUAUUGUAAAGAAAGUUCUUGCCAAUUAUUUGUUUUGUAAAGAAAGUUUUUGCCAUUUUGUAGUCUGUAAAAAAAGUUCUUGCCAUUUUUGAGUUUGUGAAGAAAGUUCUUGCCAUUUUUUGUUUUGUAAAGAAACUUCUUGCCAUUUUCAGUUCCAAGAAUCACACAUUUUCCUACUAGGAGACCGUGGCUUCCCUGUAUACCAAGAUGAGACCAUAAAGAUUGACAGAUUGGAAGAUUAUAAUCCAGCUUUGAUUUAUAAACCACCAGCUUCUUUACUAAAAAAUGAGAAACUAGUCGAACAACUGAAUGAAAAUUCAAGGCAAUUAGUCACACAUUUCGAUGUUUAUGCCACAUUGGUUGACAUUUUAGAGGUAUGUUGCUUUAGGCUGCCAUAAAGUAUCAAAAUUUUACUUUUCUCUACUUUACUCUUCCUUAUAUUACUCUCCCCUUACCUUAUCCUGCCUUACCUUACACCACCCUACCCUACCGUUCCUUACCCGGUCCUUCUUAAUUUACUUUAACUUAUCCUAAAAUACCUUAAGAUACCUACCUUACCAUACAGUACUCGUACUAGGCUAAUUUUUCUUAUUCCACCCUUGAAAAACCAUUAUACCCCCAAAAAAUUAUUUUACUCCCGCCCUAGCCUUAAAAUUCCAAAUUUUUCUUCAGAACGGUCCAAACUUUACCAAAGACUACAAUUUUAAAUCCAAGCCCCCGCCUUCAUCCCAGCAACCAACUGCUUCAAGCCUUCUGCGACCCCUAUAUCAACCAAGAACCUGCCAAACCUUAGGCUUACACUAUGAAGCCUGCUUAUGCCAAAACCAUGGACCAACAACAACAAAUCUUCCCAAUGACCUCAUCGACGAACUAGCAAAAACUGCCGUUAAUUAUAUUAACAAUGCCAUUCAGGAAACCAGAUUAAACUACAAUCAAAGUCGAUCUUCAAAUUCAGAAAGAGAUCAAGUUAAAAAUGACAGUUUUGAUAGAUAUUGUGCCAAAUUAAAGGUGCCAGACAACUUCAAACCUUUCGCUGAGCUAUAUAAAGGUCCUUAUGAUGAAGACAAUAUCGACGUUAGUGUCGUAUACAGAUUAACCUUUAAAACAACACCAGGAGAAGGUCUAUAUGAUCCAUAUCUACAUGUAAGAUAAGGUUUUUCUUUGUUUUCUGACCAUAACAAACAAAAACAGCUAUAAUAUCAAAUUUAAUCUUAAUAUCCUAACUAAACAGAUGUCUUUGAGACUGCAUUUUAAAUAUAAAGCUUUAGUAAAAUAGGAAAGUCACAUAUCUUACUCUUUAGGUCUAUCCCAGUGGAACAAUCGAAGUCGCAUCGCCAUGGUUUAACCGAAAAAACCGCGAUAGAUCUCAAAUACAAUGUUUACAAAACCUUACUGACGUGGAAAACGACUACAUCCUAGACUUUUGUUAUUGUAAAGACUCUCUAUAA